AUGCCCGAACCAAAUCCUGAGCCCCAAAUCGAUCCCAAUAUUCAGGUAGCCGCUGCUAUCCAGCGGAUGACUGAUCUCCUGGCCCAGGUGGUACAACAUCAGGGCCCCAACCCUAAUCCACCAGUCGGCAACCCUGGGAACCCUGGAAAUCAUAUCGAGAGCGAGGAUCGAGCUCUCGAACGAUUCCAAAAAUUUUCUCCACCUAAGUUUCUUGUAGGACCCGAGCCGGACGUAGCCGAGCAGUGGCUGGAGAAGAUGAUAGACAUUUUUGCCGCCUUACAUUAUUCGGACGAGAGGCAAGUGACUUUUGCGGUUUUCCAACUCGAAGGGGCUGCUCGCUCUUGGUGGAACAUUAUCCGGACAAAGUGGGAGCGAGAACAGAUGCCAAGGACAUGGGCAAACUUCGUCAGGGAAUUCAAUGCCAAGUAUUUUCCGCCAUUGGUUCAGGAGAAAAAGGAAUACGAAUUUAUUCGUCUACGCCAAGGCACGCAAUCGGUGGCCGAAUAUGAGAGCCAAUUCACACGCCUGUCCAAGUUUGCCCCUGAACUUAUUCUGACUGAACAAAGGAGGGCGAGACGCUUCCUUCAAGGACUUAAUGUAGAAAUUCAAAAGGACUUGGCCGUAGCCCAAAUCACCACCUUCAAUGAUGCCGUUGAGAAAGCUUUACGAUCCGAGAACGCCCGGCUUCAAGUGAGGAAUUUUCAAAAUCGAAAGCGUGGAGCUUCUGGGAGUAGCUCAACUCAAGGGGAUAAAGGUACCCCUGCUAAAUUUGGAAGGGGAGCCGGAGGGGGACGAUUCUCGGGUACGGCAAGAGGGGCUCCUUCUCGAGGAAGUCAACCGGGACGAGGCCCGCAAAGGAGCGGCUCCCAGGGGAGUUCCGCCACUGUUUCUCGUGGGCCGUGUAGCUUCUGCGGAAAACCAAACCACACGGAUGACGACUGCUGGAGGAAGCAGAACAAGUGUUUACGAUGCGGAAGUGCAGAGCACCGGCUCGCCAGUUGUCCGGUCCAAUCCCGAGAAGCGAAAGGAACUACGCAUACGUCCAAGGCUACCUCAAAUCAGUCACGGGUAGAAGGAGCCAAACCAAAGGUACCUGCUCGUGUAUACUUCAUAGAACAACGUCUAGUUCCUGACUCGGCCGAGGUAGUGGAAGGUACGAUUCCUGUCUUCCACCGCCUAGCUAGAAUUUUGAUAGACCCUGGAGCCACCCAUUCCUUCGUUAAUCCCGAGUUUAUGUGUGGAAUUGAUAUAAACCCUGUCACUCUUCCCUAUGAGCUGGAAGUUAGUACUCCUACGGGGAACCAAUGCCUGAUUUCUAGUGAAAUGUAUACAAAUUAUGAGAUUUGGGUAGGUGAGAGGAAGUUAUUGGGGAAUCUGAUAAGUUUAGCCAUAAAGGGAUACAAUGUGAUUCUGGGCAUGGAUUGGUUGGCUCGAUAUAAUGCCCAACUAGACUGUAAGAGGAAACUAGUGGAAUUUUGUAUUCCUGGGGAGGCAACUUUGAGGUUAGAUGUGAGGGGUAGUCUAGCCUCAUCUGCUAUGAUUUCAGGUAUUCGAGCUAGGAAACUUUUGAGUAGAGGGGCACAAGGGUUUCUAGCUUUUCUUCUUAACACUCCUACCGAUAAACUGACCAUAGAAGAUGUUCCAGUGGUGCGUGAAUACCCAGAUGUCUUUCCUGACGAAUUAGUGAAUCUACCUCCCGAAAGAGAAAUUGAGUUAGAAAUUAACCUCUUACCUGGGACUUCUCCUAUUUCCAGAACCCCUUACCGAAUGGCACCUGCGGAACUCAAAGAGUUAAAAUUACAAUUGCAAGAUCUGCUAGAGCGGGGUUUUAUUCAUGAAAGUGGAUCACCUUGGGGGGCACCUGUUCUAUUUGUUAAAAAGAAGGACGGGACCUUGAGAAUGUGUGCGGUGGUCUUCUCGAAGUUAGACCUUCGACAGGGAUAUUACCAACUGUUGAUUAGAAAGGAAGAUGUGCCUAAAACUGCCUUCAAUUCUCGGUAUGGGCACAAUGAAUUUGCCGUGAUGCCUUUGGGCUGA